CAGUUUCACCCUGAAAUAUACAAGCUCUUUUCUGAUCCGAAGCACUUCAAGUCUUACAAACCAAUCCCGCCCCCCCAGCCUCGGCACCCACCACCACGCCACCAGCAAGACCCUGAAACUGUAUUCCUACUGAUUGGUUUUUUCCUUGGUGAUUACUGUGCUAACGGGAAAGUGGGUGUUUGCUUUGAAGCGCGCACGCACAUUCACACGCACUUCCAGGAAACCAGAGAGAAGCUGCGAUUCUUUUGCGAAAGGAAACACCACACCCCUCCCGGCUCCUCUCCUCUCCCCCGCCAAGCAACUUCCACCUUUUUUUGCUCUUUGAGUCCUAAUCCGGGAGGUCUCCGGGAAAACAGAAUAAACCAAAAACAAGGGAGUGAAAUUCAUUGGCACAAAGGUGCCCUCGGGGACGUUCCCGCUGCGCGGUGCGUUUGCAGAGGUUCCCCCGGAUCCGCGGCUUUUGAGGCAUGGGAAAGAGAUGCGAUCGGGCUGGGAGCUCUUUCGGCAGCGGAUCCAUUGAAGAGGAACUCGUUUUUUAAUCCUGAUAUCUGUAUCUCCCCCGCUCGUGGAGAAUACAGGCAUCUCUGCUUCCAUUGACACCAAAGAUGCCCCUGCGGUAAUUGAUCGAGAUUCCUUUCAGCCAGCUGGAGGCGCAAUGGUCCCCCUGUGCUGGUGCUGCCCGACGGCACCUGCACCAGCCGCAGCAGCCAUGAGUGGCACGGCCGCACCAUCCUACCACUUCAAGAGUUUCUGCGGAGAGUUUGAACGGGUGGAAAGUGCCCUGGAACGCCUUGAGGCCAGCGGGUUCUACUGGGGUAGCCUGUCAGGGACUGAAGCUAAGCGCCUGUUGACCUCCCAGCCGCCUGGCGUCUUUCUGGUGCGAGAUUCCUCCGACCACCACCACCUGUUCACCCUCAGCGUCCGCACCACCACGGGCAUUACCAACCUGCGCAUCCAGCAGCAGGGCUCAGCUUUCCACCUCGAGGCUCUGCCAGGUGCAGGUCAUCCCCCAGCUUUUAGGUGCGUGGUUCAGUUAGUUGAGCAUUACCUGUGCCUGGGGAGAGUAGAAGGGGGCCCCUGCUAUAUGGAGAGGGAGGGGCAGCCUCCCGUGCCCUUGGCGCUCACACAUCCGCUCCGCUGCAAGGUGCCCACUUUGCAAGAGCUGUGCCGCCGGGCAGUGCGAGGCAGCGUGCGGGGCAGAGGGGACACCAGGGCUCAGCUGCAGGGCCUGCCAGUGCCUCAGGGACUAUUGAAUUCGUUGUGCAGUUAAGAGACAGGAGGACAGCCAUUCUUUCAACACCUGAAACAAGCACCAGGUGUUUUCUUUCAAACAUUCCUUGUACAGUACGUGAACGGGACUGGCUGCAAGUGAGCAGGGUUGCACAGGGGGUGCCCGUCAUUAUCUUCAUGGAAUAAACCGACUGGCAUGAAGCCAGC